AUGGAUGAAGUUGAUGUUAUUGGCCCAGAACAACAUCCUUUAGAAGUGACCACAUCUACAAAUAUCAUUAAUAAUGAUAAUUAUGAUGACUUAAUUGUACGUUUACCAGAUCCAAUUAUUAUUCGUGGUUCAGGACAUGUGACAGUAUUUGCAUUAAAUAGUAAAUUUGAUGAUGAAUAUCCACAACAGUUAAUGGCACGAGUUGCUCGUGAUGAAUACAGUGAAACAAUUAAACGUGUUAAUACUAUUCUAAGAAAAAGUGUACCAAUUAAUUUUAAAUGGUUAUUGUGUGGAUGUAUAUGUUGUUGCUGUACAAUUGGUUUAUCGAUGUGUCCCGUAUUUUGUUUAAAUAAACGUUCAAAACAUGCUGUUAAUAAAAUACUUGAAUGGGAAAAUCAACGUCUUUAUCAUAAAUUAGGUUUACAUUGGAAACUUGAUAAACAAAAAUGUCAAAAUAAUGCUGUUCAAGAAUAUGUAUUAAUGAUAGAAUUUCGUCCAAAGUUAACGUUAACAAGACCGGACUGA